AAGUUGUUUCCAUCCGUUAGAUCCCAUGCUCUGCCGGUUAUCCCUUAAAUACAUUCCUUAAAAAUAAAAAUAUUGUUCCUCCUUUGUCUUCUUUAAAAAACAAACCACGCCACCAAACAAACAAAAUUUACAGCUUCGUAGCUAAAACAGAGUAAAUGAGCGACGCACUUAACAGAGACUACCAAAUCUGCGAGGAGAUCGGCCGUGGACGAUUCGGUAUUGUUUUCAGGUGCAUCUCUCGCUCCAUUGGCGAUUCUUUAGCUGUCAAAUCCAUCGUCAAGAGCCUCGUCUCUGGCGACUCCCUCGAAGCGCAAUGCCUCUUAACAGAGCCCAAGACCCUCCACCUCCUUUCUCCUCACCCCAACAUAAUCCAACUCCACAACCUUUACGAAGACGAAACUCACCUUCACAUGGUCAUCGACUUAUGCUCUAAACAAGACCUUCACGAUUUGAUAAUCACUAACGGGGUUCUUUCAGAGAAUGAAGCUAGAGUGGUUUUCACUCAACUGAUGAAAGCCAUCUCUCACUGUCAUACAUACGGCAUCGUUCAUCGAGACAUCAAACCUGAAAACAUCUUAUUUGACGAGGGGAAUACAGUUAAGGUAGCGGAUUUUGGAUCUUCUGACGUUGUAAUGGAAGGGGAGAUGGUGAAUGGUGUAGUGGGGACACCGUAUUAUGUGCCCCCUGAGGUUUUGUUGGGAAAAGAGUACGGAGAGAAGGUGGAUGUGUGGAGUGCUGGGGUGGUGUUGUACAUAAUGUUAACUGGAUUUCCGCCGUUUUAUGGGGAAACAGUGGUGGAGAUAUUUGAGGCGGUUUUGAGAGGGAAUUUGAGGUUUUCUGCAAGAGUUUUUCAGUCGGCGUCGACAAGUGUUAAAGAUCUUUUACGGAGGAUGCUCUGUAAAGAUGUCUCCAGGCGAUUUUCUGCUGAACAAGUGCUAAGUAAGUUGAGCGAAUUAAAUCUUGACAUCCAUGGGUAGCAAAUGCGGCUGAUUUAACAUGAAGGGACAGGGGGGCUUAGACUGAGUAAAGACAUGCUUGUAUGGUAUAGAUGUGUGUACUUGGUAGUAGUGUACAUACCGCAUAGAGAGCUGCAGCAGCUGCAGCAGCGAGUAUCCUACUGGGUUUUCACUUAGAAAGAGGAUGAGUUUCCUCUCCUUUCAGUUUUUUUCUUCCCUGGGAAAAGAUGAGAGGUGCGUGCAGGAGUUUUCUUACUGCGGUGUUUCUUAACCAGCAUAAGAUAAUGUUGUUAGCUAUAUUGUUUAUCGUUUGAGAACUUUUUGAUCCUUCCCUUUUGUUUUGUAAACAAAUAUCUUUCGUAUGAGGUUAUGAUUCUGUUUUAUACAAAAUGCAGCGAGUCUUCUUGUCAAACAUGGAUUAAUAUCUUGUUAAUGAAAUUAAGUCUGGAUUCUCUU